AUGGCCUCCAUACUCCGCCAGAUAGUUGCCAGUCCCCGGCUCCGCCAUCCCGAAACUGGCCUUGAUCUCUGUUAUGUAACAGAUGAAAUAAUUGCAACCUCGGGCCCUUCUUCCACUUACCCCCGACGUGCCUAUCGCAACCCCACAGACUCCCUUGUCCGUUUCCUAGACCUCAAACACGGCGAAGAUUGGGCAAUAUGGGAGUUCCGGGCGGAGGGCACUGGAUACCCGGACGAAGAGGUCUACGGUCGUAUCCACCACUUCCCCUUUCCAGACCACCACCCACCGCCCUUCGCACUUAUUCCACAUAUCAUGGCAAGUAUGCGGAAUUGGUUGCUGAGAAAUGGGGAUAAUUGGGGCACAAUGGAAAGGGAGAUGGGAAAUAUUGAAAGUAGUGAUGCGAAGGGAAAACGGGUAGUUGUCGUGCAUUGCAAAGCAGGCAAGGGGCGGAGUGGAACGAUUGCAUGUAGCUUUCUGAUUAGUGAGAGGGGAUGGGAAGCUGAUAAGGCGCUCAGGCGGUUUACGGAAAGGAGAAUGAGAGCGAGGUGUGGGGAAGGUGUGAGCAUACCCAGCCAGUUGAGGUGGGUGAGCUAUGUGGAUCGGUGGACGAAGGAUCUGGGGAAGGUCUAUGUGGAGAGGCCUGUGGAGGUGAUGGAGGUGCAUAUUUGGGGAUUGAGAGAUGGCGUGGAGGUUGAUGUGGAGGGGUUUGUUGAGGAAGGGAGGCGAAUCAAAUGUUUUCAUCGGUUUAGUCGGAGUGAGGGGGUUAUAAUAGGUGGUGAUAGCGAGGAGGCGAAUGAGAGAGAAGAGAAUGGGUGUGAGGAUGGCAAAAAGCGAGUGAAAACUUGGCCAAACACAAUGGAGAUUGAUAACGAGAGUACAUUGGGCAAGACCGACAGCUCAACUCACCCAGCCGCUGCCAACGACACGUCGCCGCCCUCCGUAUCUUCAGACACGCCAUUCCAACCCGUCAUCUCCCCGAAGCCCUGGCCCAAAAUGUUCCAAAGCAUCUUCUUUUCCUCUGCAGACGUAGAAGCCGCCAUUCCAGCCAUAAUCCUCCGCCCCCGAAACAAAGUCAUAAUUCCGACCUCAGAUGUGAACAUCAGCAUCGACCGGCGCGCCAUGUCUGCGUACACCGGCUGGACGAUGGUUACGUCUGUUGCCCACGUCUGGUUCAAUGCAUACUUUGAGGGUGGACAGGCGUAUGAUUCUGGCGUCUUUGAAGUGGACUGGGAAGCACUGGAUGGGAUUCGUGGGACGAAUAAUAGGGGGAUCAAGGCAUUGGAUCGGUUGAAGGUUGUGUGGAGGUAUGCGGAGGCGGAAAAGGAACCCGAAGCAGGGGCUGGGAUACAAGUUACUGGAGGAAGAGUUAUCUCCGAACCAGCGCCAGGAAAACCGGUUUUGGAGAGCCAUGCGGCAGAUUGGCGAGGUCAGGAACAACUGGAGCAUGGGGGUAUUGACCCCAAUGCUUCUAGUGAAGAUCUGUUGAGGAGAUCUUUAUGA